AUGUCGAUGUCAGAUUCUGAUACAUCUUUUUACGGUCGCAAUGAGAAUAAAAAUUUCAGACGAACUAGUCGUGAUCGACUUUUGUAUGAAAUGAUCAGAUCCGCGAAAAGACCAGACUCCAAAUCAAAUUGGAAGGUACUAAUUAUGGACAAAGUUACUGUUCGAAUUCUGUCAUACUUGUGCAAAAUGGCUGACAUGACAGAAGAAGGAGUUUCAUUGGUGGAAGACAUAAACAAGCGAAGACAACCACUGCCUAACAUGGAUGCAGUAUACUACAUCCAGCCAACAAAAGAAAAUGUCGUCUUGCUCUUGUCUGACAUGGCUGGAAAAUCACCUCUAUAUCGAGAUGCGUACAUCUUCUUUAGCUCAACCGUUCCAAGAGAAUUAAUUGCUGAUAUUAAAAAGGAGCCAACAAUUAAAUCUCGCAUACGUGGCAUGAAAGAGAUGAACUUGGAGUACUUUGCCCUUGAUAGCCAGUGUUUUAUUACUGAUCAUGGGAAGGCCUUUGAAGAACUUUACGGGGAUAUGGAAGUUAGCCGAAAUGGAGAUGAAUAUCUAACUGCAAUGGCCAAUCGUAUCGCAACUGUUUUUGCUUCAAUGCUGGAAUUCCCAUCUGUACGUUACCGAGCUGCCAAAUCCCUUGACCCUACUACAAUGACAACAUUUUGUGAUCUGAUCCCUACAAAACUUGCUGCCGCUGUUUGGAAUUGUCUUAUGAAGUAUAAAACUCUCCCCAGCUUCCCACAGAUUGAAACCUGCGAGCUGCUCAUCUUAGAUAGAUCAAUAGACCAGGUGGCACCUAUCAUUCAUGAAUGGACGUAUGAUGCCAUUAUCCAUGAUUUACUAGAAAUGGAUGGAAAUAAAUAUGUUCAUGAGGUUCCGAGCAAAACAGGUGGUUUUGAAAAUAAAGAGGCCCUUCUUGAGGAACAUGAUCCGGUGUGGCUAGAGCUCCGCCAUUCACACAUAGCAGAUGCUAGUGAACGGUUGCAUAACAAGAUGACAAACUUUGUGUUGAAGAAUAAAGCUGCACAGAUGCAUCAAGGUGCAAGAGAUGCUGAUCAGGUGUCUACUCGUGACUUGCAUAAGAUGGUUCAAGCAUUGCCACAAUAUAGUGAACAAAUAGAAAGACUAUCCCUCCAUGUUGAUAUUGCUGCAAAGAUUAACAGUAUCAUUCGGGAGUUCGGACUUAGAGAGUUGGGGCAACUAGAGCAGGAUCUUGUCUUUGGAGAUGCAGGAACCAAUGAUGUCAUCAACUUUCUUAAAGGACAAACGGAUGCAACAGAUGAACAAAAGGUACGAUUAUUAAUGAUCUAUGCAGCAACUCGUCCUGAGAAGUUGGAGAAUGCUAAAUUUACAAAGUUAAUGGAGCUAGCAAACCUUUCUCCUGAUGAUAUGAAUGCUGUUUACAAUAUGAGAUUUCUUGAGGCAGCCCCAGAAACCAAGAAGAACUCAAGUAGUGCCUUCUCAUUUAAGAAGAAGAAACAUGCUCUUAGAAAAGAUCGCCCUGGUGAAGAAGCGGCUUGGCAGUUAUCCCGCUUUUAUCCCGUGAUUGAGGAACUCAUAGAAAAACUUAGCAAAAAUGAACUACCAGUGAAUGAAUACCCAUGUAUGAAUGAUCCAAGUCCAACUUUUCAUGGGGCUUCACAUUCUGUGUCUGCACGGGUACUUGAUACUCCAUCUGCUCACUCAAUGAGAUCGAGGCGAUCAACAUGGGCUAGGCCCCGCAACUCUGAUGAUGGGUAUACCAGUGAUUCAGUUUUGAGGCAAACAACUAGCGAAUUUAGAAAGAUGGGUAAACGUAUUUUUGUUUUUAUUGUUGGCGGUGCAACUAGAUCAGAGCUGCGGGUUUGUCAUGAGUUAACAUUAAAAUUGAGAAGAGAAGUCAUUCUAGGUUCAUCUAGUCUUGAUGAUCCAGCCCAAUUUGUUGAGAAACUGAAGUCGCUGACUCCCACUGAGAACGAGAAUGAAAAUGAGAACGAGAUCUCAUUGGAUGAUCUUGAAAUCUAGACAUGAUUUUCUAUUCAUGCACCUAAACCAGUCAUUCAACUCAUUGCUAGUACUCUUUAAGUUAUAGAUCAUAGAUGUAAAGCUCUGGCAAUCAUUGCCUCAAGCCUGGUUCUCAUAAACACUUUGGGUCGUAUGGAAUUGUUUUUUCACCUUGUAUA